AGACUAACCCCCCUUGCACUUUUUCCCGAGGGCUGCUGAAGGAAAGAGCUUCUUUAAAAAGAAGGACUCUGUUUUUAGCAAAAUCACCUGUUGAUAAUCUUUCUCAUUAAUAAACUGCUUUUCUCAAGUUGAGGAAGGGGACAUCCUGGUCCUGAAGAUGCUACAACUGUGAGGUGCAGAGCUGUGUUAUUCCUUUUUCUUUGUUUUUCUUUUCUUUUUGCAUUGUUUUUUGUUUGCAUUAUCUAUCAAAGACUGGGAGACAUUCCUAUUUCGAAAGAGAAGGAUAGGUUGGAGCUGGUGAGUCUGAUGAUGGGUGCAUGUUGUGCCUCGGCGGAGGACCGGGAGACCAGGAGGAUCAACGACGCAAUCGAGGAGCAGCUCCGGAAAGACAAGAAGGACUCUCGCAGAGAGCUGAAGCUGCUGCUGUUAGGCACCGGUGAGAGUGGAAAGAGCACCUUCAUCAAACAGAUGAGGAUCAUCCACGGAGGAGGAUACACAGAUGAGGACAAGAGGAGCUACGCCAAACUGGUCUACCAGAACAUCUACACGUCCAUGCAGACCAUGGUCAGAGCCAUGGGGGCUCUUGGGAUAUCGUUCUCUGAUCCUCUGAACCAGAGUAAUGCAGACUCAGUCCUGGAGGUGGAAGUGGACAAGGUGGAGGAGUUCGAUCAAAACCUUGCAGUAGCCGUAAGGAAUCUGUGGGAUGAUGGUGGGAUACAGGAGUGCUACGACCGCCGCAGAGAGUACCAGCUGUCCGACUCCACCAAAUACUAUCUCACUGACCUGGAUCGGAUUUCACAGCCUUCUUACAUACCUGAUCUCCAGGACAUCCUCAGAGUCCGAGUCCCAACCACAGGUAUCAUCGAGUACCCCUUUGACAUGGAGAACGUCAUUUUUAGGAUGGUGGACGUAGGGGGCCAGAGGUCAGAGAGGAGGAAGUGGAUCCACUGCUUUGAGAACGUGACCUCCAUUAUCUUCCUGGUGGCGCUCAGCGAGUACGAUCAGGUCCUGGCUGAGUGUGACAAUGAGAACCGUAUGGAGGAGAGCAAAGCGCUGUUCAAAACCAUCAUCACUUACCCCUGGUUUGAGAAGUCCUCCGUCAUACUUUUCCUCAACAAGACGGACAUCAUCAAGGAAAAGAUCAUGUACUCUCACUUAGCCACCUACUUCCCUGAAUUCGCAGGACCUCAGCAGGACCCGGUAGCAGCUCAAGAGUUCAUCCUCAGAAUGUACCAAGAACAAAACCCGAACAAGGACAAGAAGCUGUACUCACACUUCACCUGCGCCACAGACACAGAGAACAUCCGCUUCGUCUUCGUGGCCGUCAAAGACACCAUCCUCACAGCCAACCUCAAGGACUUCAAUCUGGUGUAAGGAAAAAUAAAUACAAGGAAAAUUGAUAGAAAGAUGAGAAAUGUCACCUAAUUGUUUACAAACUUGACAAAAAUUCUAAAAAUUUUCCAUUACACAUAUUUUAAUUUCAAAUCAGUGAAAUCUGAUGCCUCAACAGACACAGUCAGAGAGUACAAGACUACUAAUGUGUAGCUUACCGUGACUAAAAUAUAACUUUGUAUAGAUGUAGCUUUUAUUCUCACUUUUACUGCAUACAGAUAUGCUGUAAACAACAUUUUAACAAAGUAGUGUUUGUGAAAAAGUGCGAUGUAUCUGAGUGACUCAUCCACUGUGUGAACUACUUAUGAUAAUACACAUUAAUUUUAUCUGAGUGCUUUAACGUAAAUAAAUAUAUGAUCUUUUAGCUGUUCCAGUUUUCUUUUUU